AUGGACGAGAGCAGCGGUCCACCUGCACCCAAACGUGUCAAAAUUGCAUCAAGUGCAACACUUAACGACAGCAACAAGUCCACCUGCACUCAAGAAGGUUGUCUGUCACAUCCACUGGGUGUCAAACCAAUUGGCAACUACUUUGAAGACGCGGUCAAUGGCGUCGUCGACUGCCGUGCUCCGGGUUUAGGAAAUCUCGCCGUAUUUCAGGAUAGUCAGAUACUGUCAUUCUUGAGCCACUGCGCAGCCAUGGACUUGGCCAACUUGGCAGCUUGUAGUCGUGCUGCCUAUGUCUUUGCCACUCACGACGAGCUGUGGCGAGUGCUCGUGCUGGAGGAAAUGCACGCUCACUUUGAGCCAGAAUCGACGUGGAAAGCCACGUAUCUGAAAACCAAGUACGGCAACAACGUGCGACUGGGAGCGCCAAUUUGUGUGCAGGGACUGUACUCCGACCUGCUGUUCCAGUCAUUUUACUGUGCGGCUGCACCGAUCGAAGAGACGUGGUUAGCAGUAGAGAACGUGGCACGUCGUAGUGCCAAAGACAUGACGCUCGAAGUCUUUCGAAACGAGUUUGAAGGUCCAAAUGUACCCGUUAUCAUUACGGAUGCGAUCAAUGACUGGUCAGCAAUGACCAAAUGGACGGACAAGUACUUAGAAGACGUCUGUGGUAGCACAACGUUUGACGCGGGUGGGUUCCAGUUCCCUUUGGACAAGUAUCUCAACUAUGCGCGCACGUUACAGGACGACCAACCGCUUUUUAUCUUUGAUAAAAAGUUUGCUGGCAAAGUAUCGCAGCUCGCUCGAGACUACACAGUGCCCAAGUACUUCCGCGACGACUACUUCGCCUUUCUUGGCGAGGCGAGACGGCCUGACUACCGCUGGCUCAUCGUUGGUCCCGCGAAAUCGGGAUCGAGUUUUCACAUCGAUCCGAACGCGACGAACGCGUGGAAUGGUGCCAUUCGCGGUCGGAAGAAAUGGAUCAUGUUCCCUCCUGGCCAAGUACCGCCUGGGAUCCACCCGAGUGAGGAUGGAAGUGAAGUGUCUGCUCCAGUGUCGUUGAUGGAGUGGUUCAUGACGUUUUACAAGAUGUGUCAGCAAUUACCGGCGCACUUGAAGCCAUUGGAAGGUAUCUGUCGAGAAGGCGAGGUCAUGUUCGUACCGCACGGAUGGUGGCACACGGUACUAAAUAUCGAGGAGAGUAUUGCAGUGACGCAAAACUUUGUUAGCUCUUGCAAUGUAAAGAGUGUGCUGGCUUUCUUUGAUGAAAAGCCGGAUCAAGUAUCGGGUUGUCCCGUGGAGCAACGUCAAGAGCUUGGCAGAUUGUUUCGAGACGUGCUCGCUCGAAAUGUUCCAGAGCUGUUUGCCAAGGUGAACAAAGAGCUGGAGGAAGAAUAUGAGCGAAAGCACCGAAAGUCGAAGUGGGAACUGCUGAUCGAUUCGGGAAAAGUCCGGGACAAUGAAAAGGCACCAUGGGCACUGUCAUUAAAACCGCUUGGCUCAACUCGACCAACAACCGUCAGCCCUUUUGGCUUUGGCUUUACUUUUCCAACGCGCGACGACUAA